AUGAAUCACGAGCCGCCGCACAUCCCGGGCAACACAGCGAUCAACUUGAAAACCGGGGAAACUCUUCCAAUCAACACCAACACUUUUUCCGACGCGCCGAAGACGGCCAUGCCGAAUGCUUCGAACUAUCCGACGUCCACUGGAAUCACUACUUAUGACGUCUCAAAGCAUCGGCUCGACGAAGAAUACCCUUCUGAACAUCAUGACACCGUGCUUCACAAUGCAAAAGAGAAGGUUUGUCUUUAUUUUAUUUUCAUAUUCUUGAAUAUAUUUCUUGGAAAACAAAGACUUCAUGGGUAAAGUCGGAAGGACCCUCCGAAGGUCAUAAAGGCUGCUGGAAGGCCCCAUAG